AUGCUGCUAUAUCAAGCUGAUGAGCAGGUUACCCUGUGGGUGAACAAAGUUGGCCCAUAUAACAAUCCACAAGAAACAUACAACUACUACAGUCUUCCAUUUUGCCGCCGAUCUAAUAAUGAUCUUCACAAAUGGGGUGGUCUCGGUGAAGUACUUGGUGGAAAUGAGCUGAUUGACAGCGAGAUCGAGAUAAAGUUCUUGAAGAAUGUUGACAGAAAUGUUAUCUGUCAGCUUGAACUCGAUGAAGCUAAGGUCAAGCAUUUUAAAGAUGCAAUCGAAUCUAGCUACUGGUUUGAAUUCUUUAUGGGCUUCGUGGGUGAGCUGCAUCCUGACAAAAAUGGUGAAAACGGCAAGCAUGUCCUCUACACACAUAAGAACAUUAUUGUCAAGUACAACAAAGACCAGAUCAUUCAUGUUAAUCUCACUCAAGACAACCCAAGGCCACUGGAAACUGGGAGGACAGUGGAUCUGACGUAUUCUGUGCAAUGGAUUCCAACAAAUGUAACCUUUGCUCGCCGUUUUGACGUAUAUCUGGAUUAUCCAUUCUUUGAGCAUCAGAUCCAUUGGUUCUCCAUCUUUAACUCGUUCAUGAUGGUUAUUUUUCUCACUGGUUUGGUCUCAAUGAUAUUGAUGAGGACUCUCAGAAAUGAUUAUGCGAAGUAUGCUCGUGAAGAUGAUGAUCUCGAGAGCUUGGAACGGGAUGUCAAUGAAGAAUCUGGUUGGAAACUUGUGCAUGGGGAUGUGUUCAGACCACCAUAUAGUCUAGUUCUCCUUUCAGCUGUUGUUGGCACGGGUGCGCAGUUGGCAUUGCUUGUUCUUCUUGUCAUAUUAAUGGCCAUCGUAGGGACUCUCUAUGUUGGGAGAGGAGCAAUCGUCACAACAUUCAUAGUUUGCUAUGCUUUGACUUCCUUUGUCUCUGGUUACGUUAGUGGGGGAAUGUACUCAAGAAGCGGGGGUAAACACUGGAUCAAGUGCAUGGUCCUCACGGCUUCUCUCUUCCCCUUUUUGUGCUUUGGAAUUGGCUUUCUUCUAAACACAAUUGCCAUAUUCUAUGGAUCCCUUGCGGCUAUUCCUUUCGGGACAAUGGUGGUUGUGUCUGUAAUUUGGGGUUUUAUCUCCUUCCCAUUAGCCCUCCUCGGGACAGUGGUUGGAAGAAACUGGAGCGGUGCUCCAAACAACCCAUGCCGUGUGAAGACCAUUCCGCGUCCAAUCCCUGAGAAGAAGUGGUACUUAACUCCAUCUGUCGUCUCCCUGAUGGGAGGUUUGCUACCAUUUGGAAGCAUCUUCAUCGAGAUGUACUUUGUGUUCACAUCCUUCUGGAAUUACAAGGUUUACUAUGUGUAUGGGUUCAUGCUGCUGGUAUUUGUGAUUCUGGUCAUUGUGACCGUCUGCGUGACAAUUGUGGGAACUUAUUUCCUGCUGAAUGCAGAGAACUAUCACUGGCAAUGGACUUCGUUUUUCUCUGCUGCUUCAACGGCCGUCUACGUCUACUUAUACUCAAUCUAUUACUACUACGUAAAGACGAAGAUGUCUGGAUUCUUCCAGACAAGCUUCUACUUUGGAUACACCAUGAUGUUCUGUCUUGGACUUGGAAUCCUUUGCGGAGCUGUUGGAUUCUUGGGAUCAAACCUGUUUGUAAGGAGGAUCUACAGAAACAUCAAGUGCGACUAG